AUACUACUAUCAGCAGAGCCGAAGUUCCGGUUCCAGGAGUUCUUCGCUGACCCCAACAUGCCGGGUAUAGCUUUCUCAUCAAAUCGAUUUCUGAACUGCCCCCACAGCGCCUAUACAUCCGAGAUCCGGCACUCCCCAUUACACCCGAAAUAGAAGGCCACCGCGUACUAAGUAUAGGCCUUGAAGUGUGCAGGCGGCAGCAGCGCUAGUAACAAGCAAUGGCCCAAGCGAAGUCGGGACUCUUAAGCGACUGCCAAUCGUCGCCGCACCAAAGUUUUGGACAGGAAACCCAAUACAUCGACGUGGACAACACAAAGUUUUGGUCGCUACCAUCCCCGCCAUAAUUGUCAUCAUGUCUGACGACAGUUUCGAGCUCUACGACUUGCGUGUGGAGGUGGUGUGUCCGGAGAAUCAUCCCGAGGGCGAGAAGAUGAUAUGUGGUGCCAAGAAAGGCGACCAUUUCACUCUGGAGGGCGAAAUGAUGUAUUUGCCGCCGAAUCAAGGGAUAAGCAUAUACAGUCUAUCUGCGGUUCUGCCAUUACUGGCUGCUAAGCAGCGAAUGACACACGCGCAUGACUGGAUGAGCACAGAUGCAAUGAUUGCCUGUCCAGAUCCCAAUUGCAAGUCUCAGCUCAAGAUCAUACGGACAGGGAUCAGAAAAUUUAGCCAUGCCGAGACGACGGUGGUGGGUCUGGAGGGAAACUCUUAAGCUUAGCUAUUACAAUUGAGCAAACAGGUUAAUCAACUUAGACAGAGGUCCCGUCCGACUAUUAGGACUAUGUCGAUAAGAAGAGCAUAUAUAUGGUAUGUAACAAAAAGCUGAAAUACUAUAGUAAAUACCGACAACUCAUACUGAGUGGUCAUGUUAUAUCAGAUAUUCUGAUGAG